GACUGCCCCGAGUGUCCGCCCCGCCCCGCUGGGGCCCGCCCGGCCAUGGGCUAUAAGUUCGCGCCGGGCAGCUGGCCCGCAGCACCGCGCUGGUGGUCCGCGCCCCGAGUGUCCCACCGCGUCUGAGCUGUCGCCGCUAAUCUGGUCAUGGCCGAGGAGCUGCUCCUGGAGAGGUGUGACUUGGAGAUACAAGCCAAUGGCCGUGACCACCACACGGCCGACCUAUGCCAUGAAAAGCUGGUGCUUCGUCGUGGCCAGCGAUUCCGGCUGACGCUCUACUUUGUGGGCCGAGGCUAUGAGGCCAGUGUGGACAGCCUUACAUUUGGUGCUGUGACAGGCCCAGCUCCCAGUGAAGAGACAGGGACCAAGGUCCGCUUCCCACUGUCUGACGAUGUGCAGGAGGGAUCCUGGACAGCCUCCGUGCUGGACCAACGGGACAAUGUCCUCGCGCUGCAGCUCUGCACCCCAGCCAAUGCUCCUGUCGGCCAGUACCGCCUCAGCCUGGAGGUCUCUUCUGGCUACCAAGGCUCCAGCUACGUUCUGGGCCAUUUCAUCCUGCUCUUCAAUGCCUGGUGCCCAGCGGAUGAUGUAUACCUGGACUCGGAGGAGCAGCGACGGGAAUAUGUCCUUACCCAACAGGGUUUCAUCUACCAGGGCUCCGUCAAGUUCAUCAAGAGUGUGCCUUGGAACUUUGGGCAGUUCGAAGAUGGAAUCCUAGACAUCUGUCUGAUGCUCUUGGAUGUGAACCCCAAGUUCCUGAAGGACAGUGCCCGGGACUGCUCCCGCCGCCGCAGUCCCAUCUAUGUGGGCCGGGUGGUGAGUGGCAUGGUCAACUGCAAUGAUGACCAGGGUGUACUUCUGGGCCGAUGGGACAACAAUUAUGGGGAUGGUGUCAGCCCCAUGGCCUGGAUUGGCAGCGUGGACAUCCUGAGGCGGUGGAAGGAGCAUGGCUGUCAGCAAGUCAAAUACGGGCAAUGCUGGGUGUUUGCAGCUGUAGCCUGCACAGUGCUCCGGUGCCUUGGCAUCCCUACCAGAGUGGUGACCAACUACAACUCAGCCCACGACCAGAACAGCAACCUGCUCAUCGAGUACUUCCGUAAUGAGUUCGGGGAGCUGGAAAGCAACAAGAGCGAGAUGAUCUGGAACUUCCACUGCUGGGUAGAGUCCUGGAUGACCAGGCCGGACCUAGAGCCAGGCUAUGAGGGGUGGCAGGCCAUUGACCCCACACCGCAGGAGAAGAGCGAAGGGACAUACUGCUGUGGCCCAGUCUCAGUGCGGGCCAUCAAGGAGGGUGACCUGAGCACCAAGUACGACGCACCCUUUGUGUUUGCCGAGGUCAACGCUGAUGUGGUGGACUGGAUCCGGCAGGAAGAUGGAUCAGUUCACAAAUCCAUCAACCGCUCCUUGAUUGUGGGGCAGAAGAUCAGCACGAAGAGUGUGGGCCGUGAUGAGCGGGAGGACAUCACCCACACCUACAAGUACCCAGAAGGGUCACCGGAGGAGAGGGAAGCCUUCACCAGGGCCAACCACCUGAACAAACUGGCAGAGAAGGAGGAGACAGGGGUGGCCAUGAGGAUCCGUGUGGGCGAGAGCAUGAACAUGGGCAACGACUUUGAUGUGUUUGCCCACAUCGGCAAUGACACCUCUGAGAGCCGUGAUUGUCACCUCCUGCUCUGUGCCCGCACCGUCAGCUACAAUGGGGUGCUGGGGCCUGAGUGUGGCACUGAGAACCUCAACCUGACCCUGGAUCCCUUCUCUGAGAACACCAUCCCCCUUCGCAUCCUCUACGAGAAGUACAGUGAGUGCCUGACAGAAUCAAACCUCAUCAAGGUGCGGGGUCUCCUUGUCGAGCCAGCUUCCAACAGUUACCUACUGGCAGAGAGAGACCUCUACCUGGAGAAUCCCGAAAUCAAGAUCCGGAUCCUGGGGGAGCCCAAGCAGAACCGCAAGCUGGUGGCUGAGGUGUCUCUGAGGAAUCCACUCUCUGAGCCCCUGAAUGACUGCAUCUUCACUGUGGAGGGGGCUGGCCUGACCAAGGAGCAGAAGUCUGUGGAAGUCCCAGACCCAGUGCCAGCAGGAGAAGUGGGCAAGGUGAGAGUCGACUUCUUCCCGACUGAAAUUGGCCUCCACAAGCUGGUGGUGAACUUCCAGUGUGACAAGCUGAAGUCUGUAAAGGGCUACCGGAACGUCAUCAUUGGGCCAGCCUAAGGAACCCCUUCACCAAGCUCCACCUCACCUGCUGCCAACCCUCAACUCAACCUGGUCUUUAUCCCGAGAUAAUGAGCAACUUCACCCCUUCAGGUUGACAUGGCUGCCUGGGGGCUCUUUGGAAGGAAAUGCACUUCCUGUCCAUUCUGUUCCUCUGGUCUAGUUCCCCAUCUGUCCCCUUAGCUGUGAGGAAUGUUUGAUGCCAACACAGUGGGAUCCCUAGCCUUGGCAGACCAGAGCUGGGGGAAGAGGAGAACCAUUGCCAGCACCCUGUGUUGUUCAAACUGUCCCUAGAUCGUCAGAGAAAGUGCAAAGGGAUGGUGAGCCCUCUGGCUCAAUGAAGGAAUCAGCUGCCCCGGCCAUCAGUAUCCCAGCCACCUCCCCUCUGAAAGGGAACUACUAUGUACUAGGCACCUCAAGUUCUCACAGGGCCACCAGCCUGUUUAAAGUUCACGAGAAACUGCAGGAUGGAAACCGAGGCUGCCCAUGUUGUGCUGUGUCAGUAGGCUGGCCAUCACUUGCAUGACCAGUGAGCGAGCCUGGAAACAGGGCCUGUGCCAUCUAGCUUGAACUCUAGUACUCCAUCUGUGACAUCAGCCCUGACCUGAGAGAGUCAGAGAGGCCACAUGGGACCAAUCUGGAAGGACACAGUUGUCGUGAGGAGGUAAAGAAAGGGCAGCGAGGCUGGGGAGCUUGGGAGUCGGAGCCUAGGGUUGAACCCCAAGGAGAGCCAUACUUUACCCUCCUCUUCUGGGCUUGAUGCUUCUUCAUCAAAGCAAUGAUUGGUGAUCCCAUCUCCAGAGUCCUAUGGUCCUAUGCUUCUGAAGCCUGCCACCCAGGUCCAGGGCACGCUGGGAAGGAGGCAGUAGCACCAGGCCUGGACCUGGACCGUCCUGCUUCUCACCUAUGCCCGGGCCCCUCAGAUGCAGUUCCAGAACUACUCAUAAGCUGCCUGCAGUGCCUAGCCUAGACUUCACAGGAGGAGCCUUAACUGUCCCUGCUGGUCACUUCCACCAGGGCCACGCCUCCAUCAGCCUGCACCCCCAGGCACAACACUUGUCUACAAGAAAGCAUGGGAGCCUAUGGGUCACCAUCCCUUACUACCUCUCCAUGGCUGGGCCCUCAAACUGGAAGACUUCAGAGCAGGGGAGCGUUCUCUGGGUGACAAGAUCAGAGGAUCUGGGACUCCCUGAAAUCCCAGAGAAGAGCUUGAGGAGAAUCACACUGUUGCCUUUAACACUUUCCGCUUUACACAGAGAAUUGCACCGUAGCCAUGUGUCUGCCCCAUUACCACACAGCUCUGCUUCUGUUGGUUUGUGCAAGCUUUGGGUUCCAAGCAGGCAGUAGGCAUGCUUUUGAAGCACACGUGAGCACUGAAAUAAAGGUCUAUUUUUCACAUUAAAACAA